AUGGAAGAAAGUAAGAAAGGAAACAAACCAGCCAAAUAUUCAAACCGCCCUCCCGGGCGUGAUACAUCAGGUCGUCAGACACACGCCGUCCUGCAAACGGAGUAUAAGGAAGAAUCCAAGAACACCCAACAGUCUCAGAACCCGCCUAAAGAAAACAUCAUGUACUGCAAGUUCCAUCGCAGCAACGGUCAUAACACUGAGCAGUGCAGGCACCUCAAAGACGAAAUCGAUGAACUCAUCAAAAGCGGAGUAUAUAGGCGAGGAGGAGACGGCUCACGCCCUUCAGGAGCAGGGAGGCGAUAUCGAGAGCGCAGCAAAUCGCCUGAAAUAAGAAGAACGUGUCAAUCUGGAUCCAGACCCUCCUACAAUCGUGACAGGAGAGAAGAUUCCCCCAGGAAUCACAGAGCGCAAGCAAGUCCAAACCGCAGAGCAAGGCGUGAAGAAAUAGACGAAGAUUCAGCCGCGGUGAAGCACGGAGUGAUCAACAUGAUUUCAGGCGGGCUGAGCGGAGGAGGAGAGAUUGCGAACGCCAGAAAGAAACACUUGAAGCAGUGUCUGGCGGUCGCUGGCAAAGUGAUCAGCAAAGCAAGGCACAGUCCUAGUCCAACAAGGCCUCAAAUUGUUUGGGACGCCAGCGAUUUAGGCGAUGUCCUCCCAGGACAUGACGAUCCGCUCGUCAUUCAAGCUAUAAUCGCCAACUUCGGCGUUAAUCGCGUUUUUGUUGACCACGGUAGCUCAGCCGACAUUUUGUUUUUACCAUGCUUUAAAGCGUUAGGGUUCACUGUUGAUAGUUUAACUCCGGUUACAGGUGAACUCUCAGGUUUCAAUGCUACCACAACAAAGCCACUGGGAUUGAUUACCUUGCAGCUUUCACUUGGAACACCACCCACCUCACAAUCCGCAGACAUCCAGUUUUUGGUGCUCGACACCCCAUCAGCUUACAACGCCAUUCUUGGUAGAAGGAUGUUUGCUGCCUUCGAGGCCAGCAUUUCACACCCCCACUUGGCAAUGAAGUUCGUUGCCCGGGACAACAAAGUCGCCACAGUGCAAGGAGACCAGACGAUAGCCCGAAUGGCGCAUGGCGAAUGUGCGUUGAUUACACCGACCUAA